GCUCAGCUCCAAGCAGCAGCUUUGGAUUCGAUGAAGCGCUGAGACUUUUGUUUUAUACUUAAGAUCCACACCGCGUUGAUGGGUUUCAUUUAAAAAUGAUUUUGUAUCUUUAGAAAGCAUGAAUGAACCAUUUGGUUAUAUUCGUUUUAUGACAACGUGUGAAUAAAGACAAAGCCUAAAUCAACAGAAGGGCAGCAUCAUUGGAUUAACAACUUUGGAGAAGUAAUCUGAAAGGUGGGGAAAGCGAACCUUUAUUAAGAGUCUGAACAGCUAUGGAAGAAAAUGAUGUUCGCAACCUAGAGCGCCAUGAAGAGUGUGAAGAGGAGUCAGACGGAGACCUACGGCCUCUCCGCCAGGCACCUGGCCACCAGCCGCCCUUCACGAUCACCAACUUCUACAUAGACAACAUAUUGAGACCCGAAUUUGGGCGUAGAAGGAAAUGUUGGACUUUCAACACAGAGGGAAAUAGAAUUGGAGUACUAAGACAGGAACAUCUCAGUGGAAAGGGGUCGAAAAGUGGCACCCUACAGCAACCUGACCGAGGGAGUAAGGAUGGGAGACAAUGUUCGGGGAACUCGUGCCCCGACAAAGGCGACCAGAGAGCGGUCGGCGCGCCUCUGGACCUGGCCCCGGGGGACAGUGGGGACCACAGCCCAGACCACAGCCCCAGCUCGGACUGCGCGCCCCGGGACGCCCCGGGAGACCGCGAAGACCACAGCCCCAGCUCGGACUCCGACAGCAGCUCCCAGGCCGGCUCCGUGUCCUCGUCCAAACCAAUGCUGUGGCCCGCCUGGGUUUAUUGUACCCGAUACUCAGAUCGUCCUUCAUCAGGGCCCAGAUCACGGAAACCAAAGAACACGGCGACGCCGAGCAAGGACGACAAGCGGCCCAGGACGGCCUUCACGGCAGAGCAGCUGCAGAGGCUGAAGACGGAGUUCCAGACCAACAGAUACCUGACCGAGCAGAGGAGGCAGAGUCUGGCCGGAGAACUUGGACUGAACGAAUCCCAGAUUAAAAUCUGGUUUCAAAACAAAAGGGCAAAAAUAAAGAAGGCCUCCGGGAAUAAGAACUCGCUGGGCGCUCAGCUGAUGGCGCAGGGACUUUAUAACCACGCCUCGGCCUCCAGGGAGGACAAGUCGGACAGCGACUAGCGGGACUACAGGGACACCUCCACACCAUGCAACCUGUUCAAAGGAUCAUUGUAUCAAAAUACCAGCAUUGAUAUUUAAGUAGGCCCUAUAGUAAGCGUUCCGCUGUUUUUAGUGGGACAUGUAGGCCUAUUUUGUUGCAAACAUGUAGCCUAUAGUUUUUGUUUAUAAUCCGUUAAACAACACUGCCAGGUGUGAAUGUUUCUAUGACUGAACUGAUAUGCUAAAACCCAAAGACGUCCGUUUCUGCUGCGCAUUGGAACCGUGCGGUCAACAGCCUAUUGUACCUCUACUGUCUGCGUCCCCUAGUCGGUGGUGUCUAGAUAGACUCUUUACUGACGGGGGUGGUCUUCUACUGUCGGUCUCCUACUGACGGUGUUAUACUGACGGUGUUAUACUGACGGUGGUGGUCUUCUACUGACGGUGUUAUACUGACGGUGGUGGUCUUCUGCUUACGGUGUUAUACUGACGGUGGUGGUCUUCUACUGACGGUCUUAUACUGACGGUGGUGGUCUUCUGCUGACGGUGUUAGUCUUCUACUGACGGUGUUAGUCUUCUACGGAGGGUGUUAGUCUUCUGCUGACGGUGGUUGUAAGCUGUAAGGGAAAACCUCCCUUCAUAAGAUUUAAGUUCGGGCGCGAAUUUGCGCCAAUGUGAUGCAUUUUAAAUCUCAAUUAAAAUGUUCUACGCAUUGUGUCACAUAGCCUAAUGA